UCUUCUCCGCCUCUUGAGUUUCCGGACGCUGUGCCCGCGGGUCUGUAGAACCUGCCUUGGUCUCAUCGGGCAGGGUCGCCACCCAAAGUGCCAAUCAGUGUUCACCAAAGGCGCACUCUAAAUACGAGUUUGCGUGGCUGUAGAAAGAGAGACAGACCGACCUAUUUUUAACCACAUAGCAAAACUGGGGUAAAUCGAAAAGGAGCAAUCGAACUCUCCGCCCCGUAAAUUCUGCAAAGACCCUCCAGCUACCUCUACCAGAGCGCGCAUCUCACCCUGUUCUCCUUAGAGAUCUGUGGCUCUAUGGCGACAGAAUUUUUUGUGACGAAGAUCCUAAUGGGAUUUGCACUGGGACUGAUCACCUUUUGCAACUUGGGCAACUGUGAACUCGUGGAGAUAUUUGGCCUCAUGAGCAGUAAUGUUACACUUUCACCAUUGCAAAAAAUGGAGUUUAAAGAUAUUACCUGGAAAAAAGGGAAAAAUAAAGUAGCAGAACGGCGAGAAAAUGUUCAAGAUUCGUUCUUUGGGCCCUUUGAAAAAAGGGGAAGAUUAGACCAAUCUGGGAACUUUACCAUCCUGAAUUUAAUGGCAUCUGAUGAAGGCCAGUAUGAAAUAGAAUCAUUAAGCCUUACAGCAAGUGAGACCUUGUAUCUUUAUGUGUUAGAGAAACUUCUACAACCUGAUCUCUACUGUUCUUUUGAUGGUGAAAACAUUACAGUUUCAUGUAAUGGGUCAGAAGACAGUCGCUUUCUAAAUUACGAAUGGCUGUUUCCUGGAUCGUAUGUGAUUAUGUCACCAUCAAAGGUGCUGCUGAGGAAUGCUGAAGAUUUCCAACAAACAAUCUCUUGCGUUACACGGAACCCUGUAUCUACCAAUGAAUCUUCACUUUUUCUCAAGACCUGUGUCCCAGAGAAGGAUCAGACAAGGCACAGAUUUACACUAAUUGGAUCAGUCUUGUUUGUGGCAUUCAUUACUGUAGUCCUUUACAGAACAACAGUAUUAGGAUGAUUGAACAAAAGAUGAGCUCCAACGCCUACCAAUGGAGUGACAGAAAUAUCUUUGGAAAAUCUUUGCGUUCUUUUUGAGUGUUUUCUUCAUGGAGUAUAUUACUGUUGAAACGCUAGCUCUUCUCCCACUGCAACUUCUCAAAGAUAAAAGUUGGGAAACACUUGCAAUUAUAAUAUGCUUUUUUUUUUAAGUGCACUUUGAGCUCAUGGAAAUCAUCUACCUCACUCACAGUUUUGAAGCCUUGUUGAGGCUGUUUUCAUCCAUCUGUGAAGUGGCUUCAGAAGAACCAGCCACCACCAUCAACCAGCCUGGCCCAAGAAGAAGAAAUGAGCACUAGGGAAGGAGUGGGGGGCAAGUUACCUGCUGCUAGAACAGAUCAUUUCUAAUUGGUGUGCUCGAGCUUGGGCCUUUGGACAAGAGAGUUAUGGAUUUUCCCUUCUCUUUUUUUGGGAAGAUUCUUUAAGGAAAGCUUCCUGCAGAAAGCAGGACAUUUUGUAUUAAUGAGUCCUUUGUAAUGUUGUAACAAGCUAGCCUGUCAGGAACCCCCAAAAGCCAGCAUACCUAAUUGAAACUGCAGCCCAAGGGAGUUUCUUAGACUUGCAGCUGUGACUGUGCUCUAUCAGAAGCCAUUGAAAAAUUUUUUUGAUAAAUUGAAGAAAAUUUGAACACAUUUGUGUAAAUAUUACAUAUGUGAGUGAUAUUGUGUAUAUUUAUAUAUUUUUUUCAUUCACAUAUAUGUAUGUACACACAUAUAUACUUUAUUUAAAAUUUUUAAA